GUGUGGGCUGACUGCCUGCAGGCUUUGCUGACGAUUCUUGCACCCAUCGUCAUAAUAGCCAAAGUCUCGUGGGAUGCGAGGAACGGUGACGCACGGAUCCGCCCUCUGAGUGAAAUAUUAAACCGCAAGUAUUUGUUCAAUCUUGGUGUUGACUUUACCACGGACGAAAGAGUUUGGGCUGUACUGAUUGCAACGGUACCGACAUUCAUGAACCGAAUCUGUUUGGACCAAGGUACCGCACAGAGGUACUUCGCAUCCAGAACCCUAAAGGAAGCAAAAUGGACAGUGCUCGUGGGCACAAUAAUGACCUGUGUCUUCUAUGCCCUCGUGACCGGUGCUGGUGCAGCCCUCAUGUGCAGGUAUCGAGGCUGUGAUCCGAUCCUUUCUGGAUCCAUCAAAAGACUUGACCAGUUGCUCCCAUUUUACCUUCUUGAAGACAUCAGUACAUUUCCUGGGCUUGUUGGAGUCUUCCUUGCAGGAGUCGUGAGUGCUUCCAUAAGCACAGUGUCGUCACUGGUGAAUUCCCAAGCCGCCGUGUGGUACUUCGAUGUCCUGACUCCCUUCUGCAUGGUUGGCGGCCAUAAUGUGGAUGUCAUCGUCAAGGCGCUAGCUUUUGCAGUUGGCGGUGUCAUGACAGGAUGCAGCGUGGUGGUACCAUACAUGGGCUCUGUCAUAGCGAUGUUCAUGGCGGUGAACUCAGCGAUCACUGGCCCUUUCGUAGGCCUUGUCCUACUCGGACUAACCGCGCCCUUCGCAAACAGCAAGGGUGCUGGUGCGACUACUCUGCUCAUGGUGGUCUACCAAUUGGUGCACAUGUCUCUUCGGAUAAAUUCUGGUGUUCGGGAACAGCGGAUGCCAGUAAGCUUGGAGUUCUGUGGAGACAAUGUGACGACCACAUCGGAAAGCCUCAAUAUUACUGUGCCAACAUAUUCAGUAAGAUCCAUCGGCACGUUUCCACUUUUCCGUCUUUCAUUUUAUUGGAGUAGUCUCUUCAGCACAGUUGUCACAUACGUCGGAGGAUUUGCCAUAAGUAUUUGUUUGGGUGGAAACAAUCUUUCCGAUGUAGAAAUGGACAAAUUGACGUCCAAUGUCCUAUUUCCACUGUGGCGGCGUCUUAGGCUGAUGCCUUCUGCAGAAAAAACUUCUGUCACCAAUUCGAGAAGAAAUCACAUCAUCACAAUAAGGGAACAAAACGCCCAAACCUCAUCGACAACUGAAACAUUUCUUUGAAUUUCUCUAAUGAAGAUAAGUGUACUGUUGUACAAGAAAUCAGCGAUCACCCUUCUUUCCACUGCUGCCAA